UGCCACGGUCACUUGGGGUAAGAAGGAAGAGAGGAAGAGAUGAGAGGGUGUCUGUAGAGCGGACGGUCCCUCGGUCCCCGUAGAACAAUGCGACAAUGAGCAGCUUUCUAGACUACUCGGUGAUGAGCGGUGAAGGUGGCUCGUGUUCUGUCAGGGCUUUUCACUCGGACCACGGGAUUACAACUUUCCAGUCCUGUGCAGUCACUGUCAACAAUUGCGGGACUGAUGAUCGUUUCAUGGGGAGCCGGGCUUCUCCUGAAGGCAUCCUCAAUCAGCCGGGGUCAUUCCAGUCUAAUGCAAGCUCUCUGGGUCUCGCCUACGGGGCCCAUCCGGCCUGCAGCUCUAGCUAUGGACCCCAAAGUUUCUGUGCUACGUAUAACCAUUACGCACUCAACCAGGAAGUGGACACCCCGGCGGGAUUCCCCCAGUGCGGUCCACUGAUGUACUCGGGUAACAUUUCCUCCUCCAUGGCCUCUCAGCAUCGCCAAGGUUACAGCGCCGCCCCCUUGGGUCAACUACAAUAUGCCCACGGUGCCUACGGCGGCGGGCACGAGCAAGCAGCCCCCUUUCCUGCGUGCUCAAACCCGCUGUCACCACUGCACGCCGCUCAACUUGACACCUGCUGUUCACCUCUGUCUGAGGGCGCAUCGUCCGCACAGACCUUCGACUGGAUGAAGGUCAAGAGGAACCCUCCAAAAACAGGCAGGUGUGGAGAAUACGGUUACGGGGGUCAGGCGAACACGGUCCGAACCAACUUCACCACCAAGCAGCUGACGGAGCUGGAAAAGGAGUUCCACUUCAACAAGUACCUGACCCGUGCGCGGCGCGUUGAGAUCGCAGCCGCGCUGCAGCUGAACGAGACUCAGGUGAAAAUCUGGUUCCAGAACCGCAGGAUGAAGCAGAAGAAGAGGGAGAAAGAAGGGUUGUUGCCGACCAAGCCUCCACCCUCAGACCCGGGAGAGAGCGGUCAAGAGAAACUGGAUGAUGGAUCAUCAGAGAAGUCUAUGUCCGCCCCCUCCACCCCGUCUCCCGCGUCCUCCUCGGUGUCCGAUUCUUAUUCCUCCAACUAAGACCAACUUCUCCCAUUGGGCCACAUAGCGGCCUAUACCGAAGAUUUACAAUGGAUUCAUACAAUAUGUGAAACUUUGGACAACAAUUGGGACAAUUUCUGAGUUAUAUAUUUGUUUUAUAUUGUGUAUCAUGUUCGGAGGAACGAUGACACUGCUUUCCAAAGCAACUAGGGAAAUAGUUUAGAACGUGUCACCGUUGAAAAUCGACGUACGGGCGCGCACCACGACCAUGCCAAAGGUACCCAGCUCCCCCCCC